UUGCGUCACAAUAUGACGUUACUACAGUAGUGAUACAGACCACCAUUCAUACAACACAUUACUGCAAAAUUUCAAACAAUCGAGAAACCGCGCCAACCUUCAUUAAACAUGUAACGCAAACCUGAACAAAAUUAAUCGGAAAUAUGGCGAAAAAACUUAGACCCGUCUUACCCUUGAGAUGAAGAAGACAUCCUUCGGCCCCAUCGUUCGCCGCCGUGUUUCGUCCUGCCGCGUGCGUUUUUAAACUUUUUUUUGUUUUUUCGAGUGCUUUGCGUACAAACAGUUGGGACUUUUAAACGUUCUCAGUGAAACAAAAGGAGUUGUGUUCGAACUUAUUACAUGGGGAGUGCCGAGGCAAUAUUUAUCCGCUAAAAGUUUGGUGUAAUGAUUAUUUCGGAGCAAUGGGUAAUAGGAAAUUUUUUAUUCGAAUCAGUGUAACGAACUUGCCGUUGGGAAAAAAUGGCGGAGUGUUCUUAUGCGAGAUGUGUACAACAGCGGAGGAAUAUUAGAAGAGAGCUCCAACGAUGGACAAAAAAUAUGGUUCAUAUUGUCGGGUUGGAACGAAUCGCUGAGGAGUUGAUGGGUCGAAGGAAAUGGAAAAUUUACCAAGAAUCCAUGUCCAGAAGUUAUCUGCAACCAUUAAACAACAAUAUAAAACGAUCGAACAACCCAUCAGAAGACGAUUGCUAUCAACAUUACCAGAAGGAAAACAACCAACACAUCAGCAGUCCCAAGAGCCUCAAGCAGAACGUUGUGAGUGCGGCUUCAGCUGCGGGGGCGGACCACGAAGAAGAAGCAGCUGCGACCCAGGCCGAGGACGUGGUGUUAGAAACAGCGUCGUCGAGGGUUGCGCAACGAGACGACGACGCAAGUGGCGGCGCCGGCACGCCGACCGACUCCACGAAAGAAAACGAACGCACGUGUUUCAAAGUCGAGGAAGAGGACGAAGAGGAGUAUCGAUUAACGAAGGACUGGACGCCGCAGAGCAAGUGUUACUUCUGCGCCGACGGCAAACUGGAUAGUGAACACGCUGCGCACGGGGUUUUGAGUCCCCGCCAAUCGGACUCGGACUCAUCGGACAGCGGCGGACGUAGCGGCGACGAGGGCGACAGCGGGACGCCCGCUUCACUAACCCCUCAGCCCCACCUUCACUUAUCCCAUUCCCGUCGUCGGACAAUAUCGUCGUCCACGACGACGACGGCGGCGUCACUUCAUUCGGCCGCCGCCCUGUCGCCCGCGGCCGCCCUUUCCCCCGCCGCUAUGACGUCGGUCGACGUAGCGCUGGCAGUGGCGGCGUUAGCGGGCGGUGGCGCGGCUCCCGGCGCUUCCGGUGCCCCCCAUUUGCCCUUUUACGCUCCCUCGAUGCUAACGCAUAACUGGUAUCUUGCCAACGUUGCGCGUUCAUUCCAGGCUGCGCCAGUGGUAGACGUAGACAAAACCAGCAGCGGGGAACAGCCGUUGGAUCUCAGCAAAGGGUCCAGUACCACAAACAGCAAUUCUUCGGAUUCCAAAGUGGGAAACAAUGCCAAUGUAAGACUGCCCACGUUGGAUACCAAACACAUAUUUAGUUCUGAUUUUAGAGCGAAACCUAGGAUGUCCGCGGUAUCGGGCCGUCGUACGUAUACAGAAGACGAAUUGCAGGCCGCUCUGCGAGAUAUCCAAUCGGGCAAACUGGGUACGAGACGCGCGGCCGUCAUCUACGGCAUUCCCCGGUCCACCCUUCGAAAUAAAGUGUACAAAUUAGCAUUGGAACGGGAACGGGAAUCUCAUAUCAACAGUUCGACGCCGCUGAAACUCGAAGACGAGGAAGCGAUGGACGACGACAAAGAAUUGUCCGGCGCGGAAGAGGAGAAAGAAGUGGAGAAAGCGUUGGAAGCGCCCCUCCUAUCCAUGGCGGACAUCCUGAGGUUUUCCGGUAUGGAACAUCCGCCCGACGCCCUCAAGUUAUUCUUGCAGAAAGCGAAAGAGGGCCAAGAUCUGGGCACGGGUUUAAAUCAGACUGAAGCUAUACAUUACAUUCAAGCUCUAAUCGCAUCUCAAAACCUGCUGGCUAGCCAUCAGAAGCCGCCAGAGGGAUCAGUAUUAAACCAUUUAAUUCCGGACUUUGCGAAGCGGGUGAUGGUUGAGGAGCAUCUGUUGAAGAUGCAAGGGAGCAACGGGGAGAGUGAAAGGUUGACGAGAUCGAGCCCGUCGAAUUCGGUCAUCACGAAACUGGAGAAAGCCAAGUCCGAAUCCGACAUGGAGACGGACGAGUCUACGCCGAAUGUGAUACUAAAAAUUCCGUCCUUUAAGCCGACGACGUCGACCAAAAACGGUUGCGACAUAUUCAGGAGCGCGUCGCUGGAAACCUCCGGUAGUAGAUUGAUUUCGCCCCCGGUAACGAGCGAUUCCGGAUCACCUCCGAUCCUGCCCGGCAAGGGGCUGAUGAUCAAAGACGUCAUAACGCAAAGUAUCAGCCAAAAGUUCCAGCAGGGUUUGGAAUCGCCCGUCCGGAGGCCCAUGCUUGACAUGGAUUUUAAAAGGGGCGGGUUUACGCCGCCCCUGGCCGGCAACAUUCCGUCUGUCAUCAAGUCGCAGCACGAGGUCAACAGACAAUUUCAGCAGCAGCAACAGCAGCAACACCAACAGCCUUCCAAGCCUCAGAACGCGAGCGGCACCGGGCCGCCGAGUGGCGGAAAAGGUACGCGACCGAAGCGUGGCAAAUAUCGUAACUACGAUCGGGACAGUCUGGUCGAGGCUGUAAGAGCGGUUCAACGUGGAGAAAUGUCGGUACAUCGGGCCGGUAGCUACUACGGCGUACCUCAUUCGACCCUCGAGUACAAGGUGAAGGAACGGCACCUGAUGAGACCCAGGAAACGCGAUCCGAAACCUAACCCGGUCGAUGAAAAAAUCGCGAGUCUUAAACAGAACGACCUUAGGAAUUCGCAGCAAGAUAAAAUGAAACCGAUAAUGAAACCUCCUCAGCAAAAGUUCUCGCCGACAUCCCCGAACGGCAUCAAGCACCCGAUGUUCGAAGCCGCCGCGGCGGGUUUACCGGCGGCUGCUGCGGCGGCGGGCCUCGCGGCCGGUUACAAUCACCCGCCAUUUCCGUUUUGGCCGCAUCCCGGAUUCCCGCACAACCCGCUGGAAUAUGCUGCCGCCGCGCGGAACCCAGCGACGCCCUUUCUGCCGCCCAAUCCCGAAUUUUUCGCGUCGCAGAUGAUGCAGAAGCUACAGGAAGAGUCGUCGAAGACGAUAGGCACGGCGUCGCCCCAGGGCAGCACUGCCACAUUGGCGAAAAACGCGCGACAGAUAGCCGAAUCCCUGCUGGACGGCUCCGGGUCGAAUGGAUCUUUCCUCGACGGAAUAAUUAGGUCCAGCCUAGAAUCUGGCGUGCCAUCGUCAGAGGAAAAGUCGCCGAAAGAGGAGAAAAACAUUGCGCCCGAAAACAUGUCCAACAAAGCACUUUUGGAGCAACUUUGUCGAAAUAGCAGGCUCAACCCUCUGUCGAAACCGUCUCUCACGGAUCCAAGCAGUUCGGGAGAUGAAUCCUAUCGAAAAGGAUCUAGCCCAUUGAACUUCUCGGCAGGAGUAAAUAAUUCCAUGAAUAGUCACGACGACAAUGUAAGUCGAUCACCAUCACACUCCAUCAAGGACGACCACUCAGAUGUUCACACAAUAGAGCUUUCUAACGAUUCCAACGAUUCGUCGGGAAAAAAACCGAACCAGGAAGACAGUAACAAUAGUGAAAGAAAGCUUCCACGAAUUUACUUGAAACAGGACCUGGCGAAACCGGAAAACCUGAAACCUGAAAUGUUGGUGCGUUUUCGGGAGAUCCUUUCCGAUCGGAACGGAGGGGGACCAUCGAACGAGAGUAGAGCAGGUAGUAGUGCCUCAGAGAACGACGCACUGCAAGACUGACAUCUACCCGUCGUAAGUGAAAGGAUUUUUUAUUAACGAUGUAUUUAUGAAAACAAAAAUGGUCGCCUCACCCACAAGGAAAACAAUGGAAACAUGUGUACGUAAACUGAAGCUAAACUGAUCGAAAAUGAGCUAGAUAUGACGUGUUUGUUGAUAUUUAUUGUUUUUUUACGUUUUUUGGUUACUUAGAAUAGUGUAAUCGAUAAACAUCAAAGCAGUGUUGCCUAUUUACUAAAUGUUUUGAAUUUUAAAAAUUGUACACAUUCAAUCGUGGCGGUGACAUAUCAAAUAAUCUUUGAAGCUGGUGGCUUACGUUUUAAAACCGAAAUUCGUUUUUCUUGUUUAGUUUUCUUGUUGAAAAAAGUUAUCGAUUUGAUUUUAAAAAAUGUGCUAGAAUACAGUAAGUUUUAUUACUGAAAUUAAUACGCUUUAAAUACAUGUUUAAUAUAAACUUUAAAGAUUAUUCGAUCAUCUUAACUCCUCAUAAAUGUUCGAUGUAUUUGGCAUGUAAAAAAAUCUACUAUCAUAAAUGUAUUUUCUAGGUGUCUUUGACGUCGCUAUACCUCAAAUAUGUAAAAAUUCUCACCUAUCCAUGUUUGUACAUCAUAUGCUGCUUUGAUGAUUGAAAGAUAUGAUGAACUAUCGACGAAAAAAACACAUUUUGGGAACGAUCCCAACAAUUGAAUGGAAAAAUUAUAUCUAUCUGUGAUUUAAUCAAAAUUUUUGAUGUAUAUUUUCUCUAAAAAUAUCUUAAAAUAUUAUUAUAUAAAAUUAAACAGUUAGCAGUAGUUAAUUGAUAUGGAAAUAUUUGAAUUAUAAACUGGAAAGCUGAUCGUGAAUUAGUUUACUACUACCAUCAGUUUUCCUGGUGAUAUUUUUUUAUUUUGUUGAUUUGUUUUUCAUAUAACAAUGAAGUGCAAUUAGAUGGUAUAUACAUAAUACAUAUAUAUUUACAUCAAUAUUAAGUAGUAUAUAAGAUAUAUUAAAAUAUAUUAUAUAUUUGAAAAAUGGAAGCUAUUUUGUUUGAGAGAUAAAAGAUUGACUCCAGGUAGAGUUAAAAAUGUUGGUUCUUUCCCUUCAACAACCGUCAAAUAAUAUUCAAACAGCCGCAAACCAAACCGAUACCGACAGUUCUUUGGGUAAUCUUUUGUUGUUGCAAUAUGUAAAAAAAUAAAAGAUUAGGUUUGAAGAUUUUCUUAAGCCUUUCAUUUUGCUCCAUUUGCAUCACUCUCCGUUAUGGUUACCUUAAACAAAAGUGUAUCACACUUUAUCAAAAAAGCAUGAUUUUAUUUAAUCUUCGGUAUUCUACAUAGCAAGAUAACUGUCCGAUCCUUGCAAUUUUUUUUAAAGGAAAUAGCAUUUUUAAGGUUUGUAAUCAUAUAAAGUGGGUUUUACUUUUUUAUGGCAUUUUAUUAUGUCUUGGAUAGGAACAGAUGGUACACAAUGGUAAUUUUGUUUUCAGUACGGAAAUUUUUGAGAUGUUAGUUUUCAAUUACUUUAAUCACAUUUUGGCAUGCAAUCAUCUUUGUUUGAAACUCUGACAUUGUUUAAGAAUUUAUUUUUACUAAUAAAAUUUUCAUUUCAUUUCAUUUUGAACAUGUUGCAAGAACUACAAAGAUACCACCCAAACCAAAUCAAACCAGAUAUACAGUAAACACACACAUAUUUAAGUUGGACCAAAUACUGCAGUAUGUUGUAUAUAAAAUGGUAUGCUUUUCAUACAUAUCGUUUGAUACGCUAACUUAAUCAUCAAAGGAGUCGGAGUCACUGUGAGUAGUUUUAAAUGUAUUCGAAAAUCAAAAUAUGGGCUCCUGAUGAUCAAGUUGUGUUAUCAAAAUAAAACAUUCCAACCAUAUAUGUGCCAGAUUUUUUAUUCACAACAAUUAGCAUUGAAAUUAUUGAAAUAUAAAAAAUAUAAAGGUGAUCGUUAACCCACCUACGCAGUUAUCACUGCUAGAUGCAUUUUUUAUAAACAAAGGUGUAUAUUUUCAUUUCGAGGUCGUUGCGACUUCCCGUUCUGCUAGUGUUAAGAUUUCGCAAAGGAAACACUGUUUUAAAUGUUUGUGUGUAUCACUUUUACGCUUGCAAUGCAAAAUAUGAUUAUCGACUUCUCGACCUUCAAAAAUAAAGUAACCCAUGUAAAGACAACCUCAUUUGUAUACCUUGAGAAAAACUCGCCAAAUUUUUGAGUUCAAUCCACGGAAAAGGGUUUGUUUGUUUUUGAACGAAGUCCACAAAACGAUUUGUAUUUUUCGGCUUCUAGUGUACCCGCAAAUCGAAUUUGCAAUUUUUGAUAGCAUUUAUCCCUUUUUUGGUUGUUGGUGCGGAUUUUCUACUCUCUCCUUGGGAAAGAGUAAAAAAUUUUAUCCCAAAAUUAUUUCGUAGGGUUCUCUUUAAAAAAGUGACUCAACUUCGUUUAAUAUUUUCUUAAAAUAAUUUAAAAGACCUUAAAUUAGACAAUUUUUUUUAUCUAAAAGAUAAUGUUUUAAAAUUAAGGUUAGUAAUAUUGUAUUUUGGUUCUUUUCCAAUCCGCGUUCCUGCAAUUUUCAUUUUUAUUGUAACCUACUUGAUUGAUUUCAUUUCGCUUAAUUUGAUAGUUUGAUGAUUAUAAUAAUGUGCAAUAAUAUAAUGUACUUGGUAUUUUAGUACACGCUUUUAUUAAAGGGAAUCCUCAAACUGCCAAUCGACUCUGUUUUGUUCUCUACGACUAUACUAUUAUAUCAUUUUUACCAACGCGGUCCAAGCAAAUGUAAAUUCAACAGUGUAAAAGUAACCUUACAAGUAUACGCGUAAAUUUAUAUUUUUUAAUAAUCACUCACUAAAAGCUCUUCGUCCGAAGGACAUAUUUUUAUGGGAAGAGAAUUUAUUAUAUUCAAAAAAAUACUAAUGUGUUCGUUAAGAGGUAUGUGUAACGUUUUUAUUUUAAAAAACUCAUUGUUAUAUAUAUACAUAUAUUGCCUUUUAAUAAAGGACGCAGAGAUUUUUUAUUAUGAUGGCUCAUUUUAUUAAAUUUAAUGGAUUUUUUAGUGCUUAGCUUUAGAUGUAAAUUUUUUAAACUGGAAUGUUUUUAAACUAUAGAAAGACAUUUUUUUUAUAUUCUUGAAGUGAUAUGUUUGUGGUUUUUUAAUUUAUUAAAUUUCAUUAAAAUGAACUUGUACGUUUAUUGUCCAAUAUUUUCGUAACAAUUACUGUAAGUUUUUUGUUGCACCCGUAAGUGUCAGUAUUUCCAAUUCUAUUUAAAAACCUAACGGACCAAGGUUUCUGUUUACUAGUUGUUUAGAUUUAUCAUUCCACAAAUAGCUUUUCACGAAUAAGACUUCUAUAGUUUUUCCUACAUAUUUUUUUACAUACACAUAACUGUAAUGAUUUUUUAUAACAACGUAUUUGUUAAUUAAUUUUAGUUGUCUAGGAUAAUUUUACCAUUUAAGUUUUCGCUUUAAUAUCGUGUAAAUAGUACUUUUUUAGCACACUUUAAAUGUUUGUGUGCCUGCUAAUAUAAAACAAGAAGAUAUUGAAAAAUCUGUUGAAAUUUCAAGCAAACUAUAUGGAUUUAGUUUGCUGCGAACAAUUUUUACUUUUUCCGCAACCAUAAUAAACAAUAGUCAUCGCAAUUCCCCACAUUAAACCGCACUGAUGAAGGCGACGUUUCUUAUUAAAGACGUAAAAUGUUCUUUUAAUUCCGUUGCAACACUUGUGGACUAUAUCGUUUCGGAUGAAGUCGACCCGAAUAAGCGAAGUUAUCAAUAUAAAUCAAAAUUUAUACUUAAAUUGGUUUCGAGGGCGAUUUUCGAUGACAUCUUUUUUGCGAAUAGUAGAAACCCGCGCGUGUCAGACUUCACCCAGCCUCGCCACAAUACAAAAGUUCUUGUAGAUUUUCCGACAAAGAUUGUAUACUUAAUAGUUAGUAAUUAUAUGUCAAAUUGUGACAGUACAGUACAAGGUUAGGUUUUAAUACCCACUAUAUAGUUUUUUGUAAAUGAAACACUAAUAUUGGUGACGGCACUUAACUAAUCUAGAUGUUUAAGAAUACUUUUACUUAGUGAAUAGUGAUGUAGCGCUUAAAUUUAAGGUUGCUCGGCUAUUCAUCAGUGUGGUAGCAAAAUAAAAGUUCAAACUGACAGUCCGGAUAAACCAAAAGUGGCAUAUUUCAAAAGAGCGUCAAAAUAUUAAAUAAGUAUUGUGAAAGGCAAUUCAUACAGUACAAAGUAAACACCAUCGUUUUCAACAAUAUUUUUAUUACAUUCUACGACUGCGUGAAUUGCUUUUGAGCAAUAAAUUUGUAGGUAUGAUAAGACACAUUUGUAAGUGAAAUUUGGUAUGUCUUUAUUUUAGGUAAAUUACUAUUAUUACUGAGAUUGGUAGAUGUGUAGAAAAAUAAUUUAAAAGAAAAUGUGAUCGGGAAAAAUCGAAAAGACUGAACACAUCUUUAAAUUUUAUAAGUUUAUUUAAACGUGAUCGUUUUAAAAUAUGCCAUGAUUCAAAAACAAAACAGUCAAAACCACUCAGCACCGAUAUACAGAUAAACUGGGACCAAGAAUAAAAUACUAAUUCAUAUCCGAUAUUAUCAAAAUCAGUAUCAAAAGAUGUUAAUUUGAAUUUAUAAAAAAAUCCAAUGGUGCAUUUCUUUACAUUCGUAUAUAUUUAAAGAAGCUUAACGUAUACAGAUUUGAUUGGAUAUUCAAUUUUUUGACAAUAUGUUAUAUAUAUACAAAUUGAAGUGUUUUCGCGCAGAAACCAUUUUAUAAAUUUUUCCAAAAAAAAAAUGGUUUAUGUGUAUAUAACAUUGUCUCAUAUAAAAUUGUGACUAUAAAUGCCUUUUAGCGUGAAUAUUAUUAUAUCAAAGUUGUUGUAUUUUACGUGUAAAGGAAAAAUAUCUGGUGUCAGUCGAUGGUAUUUUGGACCUUAUCGCCGGACCUUUUUCCUAAAAUACAACCAUUCUUGUUCGUAAAUAUCUGUGACUCGUAAAUUAUAAUGUUUUAAUAUAAAGUUAGUGUUUGAACAAUUAUUGCUUUGUGGGAAAUUGUUAUUUUCAGAAAAUAUUUUAAAACCACAAAAAUAUGAAAUAUACCAAUACACAUUGUAUAUUUAUAAUGUAAUUCUGAAGUAUACCAGUAUUUAUUAUACUGUGGACUACAUUACAAUGUUUAA